CUUGCCGAAGAGGGACACUGAACUAGAGGGGGGACAGGAGGCAGCGGGCUCAUUUUCCUCCCGCGCAGGCCGCGCGCCCGGAGCCACCAAGAGGAGGGAACGGGGACGAGGAGGGAAGGUGACGACGGUGACGGGGACGACGCCAAGGAGGGGCAGGGGGCACCAGUGCCUAGAGCCUCGGCCUCGGGCCCGCGCCGGCCAGCGCCUCGUAAACCAUCUGCGUGAUCAUGACGUCCUGCACCGCGACGCCCGAGCUGUCGAAGACGGUGAGGCGCUGGUCCCCCUCGCCCCGCUGCAGCUCCGCGCGGUCCAGCAGCUCCCCCACCUCGAGGACGCCGCUCUCCCGCACCAGGCCGCGCGCCCCGGCCUCCCGCAGCUCCCCCCGCUCGAAGGUCUGCGCCCUGCUGUCGCAGACCAGGAGGUCCGCCGAGGCGACGAGCUCGGGGUCGUGCCCUGGCUCCUGCUUGCCUGGGCUGUCGGAACCCGUGGCGCUUAUGCUCGGAGUAGCAAGAAGCGGUGCACAAGCAGAAACUCUCGGAAGUCCGCGCAAAUCUCUCUGGGAUCGGCGCCGGGACCCCCAGGCGGCUCCGCGCGCCAGGGAGCGGGGCCCGGCGCAGAUAACAGGGAUCCGCGAGGACCGGCGAAAGCGCAUGUUCUUGUGAUCGCUCUCUCUCCCGCGAGAUGUGCACGCCCCCCGCCCUGCCAGCGAACCACGACCUCCAGAGCAGGGGCUCGCGGGCCGUCGUCGCCGUGUGGAUCAGCUGGCACUCCGCGGCGACCUCCCGCGCGGAGGCCGGCACCGCCUCCCAGCCCUCCGCGCGCAUCUCCUCGCAGAAGCGGGCCAGGCGCGCGCCGUCGCGCGCGUGCGCCAACACGCGCCGGCAGGGCGUCACCACCUUGAGCAGUCGCAGCUGCCACCGCGCCUGCACCCCGCAGCCGAGCACCCCCACGGCGCGCAGCGCCCGGCCGCGCGGCGCGAGCAGGCUCGCGGCGAGGGCGGCGGCGGCCGCCGUGCGCAGCUCGGUCAGGAGGCCCUCGUCGAAGAAGAUGGCCUCCAGGCGCGCGGUCCGCUGGCUGAACAGCAGGUUGAGCCCCGUGUUCACCGGCAGGUUGCGCGCCUCGUUCGCGCGCACGCCCCCGGGCGACACCUUGAUGACGUAGUGCUCGUGUCCCUUGACGUAGCCGCUCUUCACACACGUCUGGGCAUCCUCCCCCGCCACGAAGGGGUGGAGCGGCGGCUGCCCCAGCGUCUGUAUGCGGUCGGCGACCGAGACGUCCCCGCGGCUGUAGGCGCGGAAGCCCUCCGCUUGGAGGUCGAUGAUGGCACGAUGGUCCUGCACCGCCCUCUCGACGUUCGGCGGCGCGCGCACGGGGGGGGAGCGCGAGGGGGGCGGCCUUCCGUGAAGGCGGGGGAGCUCCCAGGAAGGAAGGGGAGCCGUCUUGGAAGCCCUCCCUGCGGCUGAGAGGCCUCCUCAGAAGCCUCCGGGACCUCCCAAGGAGGCCCCUGCCUUCCGAGAAGCGCACCGCCCCCUUAG